GCCGCUAUUCUCACUGCGGUCUCAGGCUGUCCUACAGACUGCAUAUACUAGCACUCGAUGGUCACGAUUACUGUGUUAGCGAUGCAUUGCUCGACUGCUCGACCUGACCAGCCGACCUCGAUCUCCAGGCUCCACACUCGCGUCCCUCUCGGCCUGCGCUCUCGCUAUGGACCGCGGCCACCAGACGGCAAGGAUGCCGACAUUGACAGGACAAGGGGGUGUCUCCUUGGGCGACGACUUCGAGAGGACACGGCCGACACCCGAGAUGGGCUAUGCAUGGACACGAGCAAGUGAGCGUCGGGGGAAGCGAGUCAACGACUUUCUGGGAGAAGCGGCCUCUGAGGCGAGAACGAAGGAUCCCACUGGGCACACCAUCUGUUCUGACUAUGCUGUCGGCGACUCCAAGGCUCCCCCGUACGGUCAAGGGCUGCAUCCAGUUGGGCUGGUUUCCGACAUCAACAACACCGUGACAAAGCAUUUCGCCGACGAGGCUGCUCGUUCUAUCGCCUUCGCAGCGCUCCACCCUCUUUCUGCUCCGCGCGACCACCCCAGCAUUCUUCACGCUACCGCAUACCCAAGGCCCACCUUUAAUGACAUCCUCUCGGCCCUCUCACCGUAUGGCUGCGGCACUGAGUAUUACUGGUGCGUCAUGUGGCGGUGCCAGGUCGGGCUGCGCGUCACGGAGGUACAGGACGACGCGCUGUUCCCUCUGCUACACUUCGUGGCCGAUGACCUGGCGACAAGCAUCAAGGCACGCCCGAGCUCGGCGGCAUGAACACGCAGGACCCCGAUGUGCGGCACACGAAGCAGACGAGCGCACGGUCGACGAUGUGAUGCUGGGAGAGCACAACGCCGGCUGGUCGAGGUGGGCUUCUUUCCAGCGCUCAAGACCGACGCGCUCCAGAGCACCAAUUGAGCGCCCAGUGCAUGAAAUGCGGAGAGUUUGGGAAGCAAGUUCUUACUCGAAAGAGUUGUUGCGUCUUGCAUUCUAGUCAAAUCCCCUGUCAUCUCGCCAUCAGAACACGAUAGGCGUGAAAUAUUCUGGGUGGUGAGGUGAGCAGUAUCGGAAGGGCGUCAUCGGUGAGAUCCGAAAGUUGCGGUUUGACUACAGCAGAGGCU